AGGAGCAAGAGCAGAACUAUGGAAGCUGUGCCAUCCAGGUGCCUGUUCCUAUUAUUUCUCGUCACGUGUGAGCUGUCCCCAGAUAUUACUGCAGAAAUUCAGGAAUCCUCAGAUGGUCCCCGUGCUUCCCAGGGACCUGUAUGGCUCACAGAUGUCCCAUCUGCCAUGGAAUUCAUUGCUGCUGCUGAAGUGGCUGUCAUAGGCUUCUUCCAGGAUUUAGAAAUACCCGCAGUGUCCAUAUUCCAUAGCAUGGUGCAAAAAUUCCAGGAUGUGUCAUUUGGAAUGAGCAAUGAUUCCGAGGUUUGGGCCCACUACAACGUCACUGGGAACACCAUUUCUCUCUUUCGUCUGGUGGAUAACAAACAACUGGAUUUAGAGAGUGAAGACACCGAAAGCAUUGAUGCCACAAAAUUAAGCCGUUUCAUUGAGAUCAACAGUCUCCACUUGGUGACAGAGUACAACCCUGUGACUGUGAUUGGCUUAUUUAACAGCAUGAUUCAGAUUCAUCUUCUUCUGAUAAUGAACAAGGCUUCCCCCGAGUAUGAAGAAAGCAUACUCAGGUACCAGAAGGCAGCUAAGCUCUUCCAGGGGAAGAUUCUCUUUAUUCUGGUGGACAGUGGAGUGAAGGAAAAUGGCAAGGUGAUAUCAUUUUUCAAAUUAAAGGCGUCUCAACUGCCUGCUCUAGCAAUUUACCAGACUCUAGAUGACGAGUGGGAUACACUGACCAUGGCAGAAGUUUCAGUAGAGCACGUGAAAAACUUUUGUGAUGGAUUCCUAGAAGGAAAACGGCCGAGAGAAAAUCAUGAAUCAGAAGACAAGACUCCAAAAGUGGAACUCUGAUGUCUCCCUGAUACUGCUGUAUACCACCAAGUAUCUACUUUAUGCUGAAUAAAGAAGGGCAACUCAAAACUCAAGAGACACUAAACAACAGCAGCAUCAGGCCCUACACGCACACACAGAGCUCCAUUUUGUUCCUUAAAAUUUAAUUGACUCUCUUUGUCCUUUCUUUUACUUUUCCCAUACUCUCUCACUAGUCAUCCAGUUUUCUCUUUUGCAUUCAUACCAUGCAGGCCCAUACACUACAGAACCAUUGUAAGACCACUGGGUGGAGGCUUUAAGAGAAAUAUUGUAAGACCACUAUGAAGGAGAGACGUACCUUGAGGGAGAUUGUUUUGAUUUGUCA